UGUCCAGGGAGACGCUUCUACUGCUAUGGAACGAAGGGCAAACGGGAGAAAAUCCACGUAGAUGAGUGACCUUCUCCUCAAAGCGAAGGCAAAAGCUGCAUAUAAAAGGGCGGCUCUGCUUGCGGUCGACACAUUCGCUCGUCCGCUGAGCAUGGUAGGCCGGCCGGGCGCUGGGGAAGAUCACGCGUCUCAACUCUUUCACGUUUAAACGAUUUUUUUUUUUUUUUUUUUUUUUUGUAGCUAAGGGUGUAUUGUGACUGGGGAAUCGGUAGUGGUUUGUAAAUGUUUGUGAAGUGUAAAAACACAGUUGGGGGCGAAUCAGAAGUUACUUAAUGUAUGUAAAUCAGGUGUAAGAGAAUUCGGUGUGUGAUAGGAGAUGAUUACUCUAUUGAUUAUUUACGUCAUUCCGUAAGUGUAUUCGCUUCUGAUUUACAGAUGAAGGUCUUACUGCUGUUCGCUUUGGCUGCUGUGGCUGCUGGGGAUCACUCCCUUGGCGGACACGGGCAUUUCCAUGGAGUUUUCCAUGGGCAUGGGCACUUCCCUCAUUUUGGGCAUGGCUUCAGACAUGCCGCCGUCCACCGCCCCGUGGCACCUGUGCACCCUGUGGUGCACCAGCCGGCUCCGGUGGUCCCGGUGCAUCGAAGCCAAAGUGGACCUGCAGUGCCCCCGGCAGCUUCCUCGGGCGUCCCGGUGGACCAAAGGCAGGGCGACAGCGAAUACCACUUCUCGUGGCGCCAUGACGGCCGCAAGACCUACACGUGGGAUCGCGCCAACCAGUACUGCGCCAACCUCGGCUCCGGCUGGCAGGGCAUCAGCAUCGGGACUCACCAGGAGGACAGUCUCGUUAGGGAAGCGAUUAUAGAAGAUCGCCUACCAUGGAUUUGGACCUCAGGUCAUAUCAAGAACCACGGCUUCGCCUGGGCUUCAGGUGAAGAAUUCGUGGGUCUGAACUGGUCUCACACCGGCGGGAACCAUCGACCACAACCAGACAACCGAGAGGGGAACGAGCACUGCCUGGGGGUUCUCAACGACUUCUACGACGACGGCGUCAAGUGGCACGACAUCGCCUGCCACCACGACAAGGCCAUCAUCUGCGAGCGCAAAGUCCAAGUUCACGGAUGAAGAGCAAUACUGCUUUCUUGUAGCAUAAUCUCAUCUAUGUGAUCUAGAUCAAAUGACGUUGUCUAUAUUUAUAUGUAUUUAUAUGUGACGAUGAAUAAAGACCAAUUUCUUAAACCUUACCUUUUUACAAAAACUUUAUGAUCCACUUUCCCUUAUUCUUACAGAGAGGACUUUUUUAUUUAAACGAAGAAAAAAAUAUAUAUAUAUAAUGCUAGAAAUCUUUGGUAUCGGUAGCGCUCCCCAUCGUUUGGCUAAACCCCUCUCCGGCGCUAUGAAGGUUAUCAGUGAUUCCCACCGUCUUGCCAUGGCCUGCCUGUUCAUUGUGACGCUGAAGAGGGAUGCAGACAUUCAACUUGGCUUCGUUGCGUAGAUGAUGUCCUCGUUAUUGUCCCCAGAAGGUCGUGCUUACA